AUGAGUGUUCAAUCUACUAUGUGGUACACUGCCGAGAAGAGCACACAAAUGGAUGACACAAAUGUCAAGAAACAAGGAACUGUUACGAAUAUUCUGCCUCUCAAAUACUACGAGAGAAUGUCUUAUGCUUACUAUGCCUCUCUUUAUAAUCAAUCAACACAAGCUAAUAACACUAACACAAUAGUUCAUGAAACACCUAAAACAACAACAACAACAACAACAACAACAACAAUAGGUUUUGAAUCAACUGCUACAGGUGAAAAAUCCACAGGUCAUUCCUUGGAGACAACAAAGCAGGUUUCGAUUUUGGCUUCGAAUAUUCUCGAAUUAUCGACUUUUUCACCAAUUCUUGAUCAAAAAGAUGAUAUAAUUGUAACAACACCACCGAUUGUUGAUUCGCACGAUGAAGCUAUUGAAAAGCUAUCGGCACAACAACACCAAAUCUACCACGUAAAUCCAAACCAAAAUCCAAAUCAUUACGGAAACGAAAAACCAAAUGUCUAA